UCUGCCCCUGCUUUCUCAUGAUAAGGGAGGCAGGGCAGUGCUGGUGCUCUGCAAACAGCUGAACACUUUGCAGGAGAGCGAGGACUGAUCGAACACAAUACAGCACGGAGCCGCUGUGGGAGAAAGACUGAGGAACAACGGUGCAGCCAAGGAGACCACAGAAACACUCUUCCCCCAAAUCCCCAACUCCGCACAGAGAGAGGAAGAAAGAAAGAGCAAGACCAACAAAAGCAUUCUUUGCUUUCAGUCACAAAAAAAAGAAGAAAAACAAAACAAUACACUGGGCGAGAUUAUUUAUUCUUAGAUUCAAAUUCAAGGAGAAAGCGUGAAAUCACUGAAACAUCUCCAAACACAGAGAGAGGGACUGUAGUGCUGCGCUGCAUGAAGGAUAAAUCCAUCUGGUAGGAAAAACGAGCAGAAACAGGAUGAGAGCGACUUUGAGGAUCACGUGGCUGCUACUUUUACUAAACACCCAAUUUUCCAGCAUCUACUCCAGCGACAGUACAACUAAUAAUACAGUUCCCUACAACGAAACUACCGAUGCUUCAACUGCAGUGACAGGUGGUACAAAAAUUAACAGUACAAGCAAUGAAAUAGGAGGUUCAACUGUGGCACCAGCUACUGUAACUGACAAAACCACACAGUCACAGAAGCCAGUUGAGCGAACUAAUGCAGACGCUAAUUCCACUGUCACAUCACCUACGAUACCUGCAACAAAUAACCCUCCAGUGCCUUCUACCACUGCUCUUACCACUAUCACACCCAGCAACACAAUCAAAGCUAUAACAACCGCUAGCAAACCCCCCCCAGUGAGCAACGCAAGUACCACAGUACAGACACAUAUUGCCCCUGCAACCAGUCAAAUCACUGAAGUGACUGCUAACCAGACAGGAAGGAAUGCAGUAAAGAGCACAAUUACUCCAGAACCCUCACAGUCAACAGAGCAAACAUCAAGGAGUCUCAUCUACACCUCUCCAGUGGCAAGCCAAGGGGAGAGCAAUAAAGGUGUCAUGGUGACAGUUCCCACAACAGCUCACGGGUCAACAGCAUCUCAGGACACAAGGCUAUCUGUGACCCCAGUGAUCACCACACCCAGCAGAGCCGUUGGAGGAUCGACCACCAAUCAACCACCGAUUGAUCCAAAUAAAAUUCCAAAUGACGACAAAGAGCUUUCAGAUGCUAAAGCUGGAACCACUCGCCCACCAGCCACCACUGCCAUCAUCAUCAACACACCAGCUCAGCAAAACUAUUUUUCUUAUUCUUUAAACAACGGAGAAGAGUCGCAGAAAGACAGACACUUGGUGGAACUGUGCAAGCGGCUGAUGCCAAACUGGCAGAUUGGAAACUGCACCCUGACGUACCGAAAGCAAAACGACAAAAUACAGUUUGAGACUGUGAUGAUAAACGUGAAGACCAAUCUUGCUGCCCAGUAUUUUGAAGAAAUAACCAAGGAACCAACAGAUAACAAAACCCUAAUAGCCAUCCUGGCCUCCUGUGGAGCCUUGCUCUUCAUGAUCAUCAUCCUUGCUGUCUGUGCCUCCCACCACCGCAAGCCAUACAAUGAGAACCAGCAACACCUGACAGAAGAGCUAAACACAGUGGAGAAUGGUUACCAUGACAACCCUACUCUGGAGGUGAUGGAGGUGCAGCCGGAGAUGCAGGAAAAGAAGAUGGCGCUGAACGGUGAGUUCAACGACAGCUGGAUCGUCCCCAUCGACAACCUGAUGAAAGACGACAUCCCAGUCGAGGAGGACACCCACCUGUGAGGAGGGAAACGGGACCGGCGACGGGAUCAAAACCAAAACAAACCAAAACUAACUAAAGAAUCUCCACAAUGGCCUUACACUCCUGACUCACAUCCCUACAGUCACACAAGACUUUAUCAGAUAGAAAUACAACAUACAAAACAGAUGAGCUGCCAAAUUUACGCUUAUAACUUUGUUUAAAUUAUUUCUGUUUGGUACAGGAAUACAAGCAAAUAUAUAAUCCACUCAGUCAAUCACUGAUGUGUUUGCUGCAGUUUUUAUAGGUAUUUGAUAUAGAUUCUCUUGUAAUUUUAGGUAAUUUUAUCAUUUGUUACUCCUAAGUGCCUGAAAAGGUUUGCAUGUAGUAAGUUUUAUUCUACGUACAUUUGAAGGAGGAGCCAGGCAGGUAAUGUUGCCUCAGAAAUGACUUUAGACGGAUGAACUUCAGGAUACUUCACAGCAUCCUGGUGAUUUGAAGUGUAGCUGCAGAGACACAUGGGCACUUACCAUAUUUAGUUAGGCAACCUGUAAAGAUGCUGCUUGUGGCAAAUGGCUUCAAAGGAAUACAAUAAUUUAGGGCUUCUGUGCCCAAGUCCGGUCCUCGAGAUCUACUAUCCUGCGACUUUUCCAUGCAUCCCUUCUCCAACACAUUUGAAUUAAAUGGCUGAAUUCCUUUUUCUGCAUGUCCUUCAGCUCUGCAGAGGCUGGUAAUGACCCAUUCAUUUGAUUCAGGACUUGGGCACCCCUGAUUUAGGGGGUUACUUUCCAAAUUGACACAUAUCAACUCAGAUGUGCUGAAAACAUUUUGUCUUGCUCUUUUAAAUAUGUUUUCUUUAGAUGAACACAUUUGACUCUAUAUUUUAGCUUUCAUUUAAAAAGGGGUUUUACUUCUGGCCUGUGGUCCAGACAGGAAAUGACCAAGUUUUCUCUAAAAGCGUAAAUAGACAACAAGUUUUUACAAGAUCCAAAUUCCAUAUUCUUUGAGAUUUUUUUCAUAUCUUAAAGGAUAAUUGAGGUUUAUUAUAGAUUGGCUCUUAUCAAAGGUAACUGAUCAGUUUCUCAAGCAGGUUAUUAGCAAAAACAAAAGCUAAACAGGAUGAUGUGUACAGAAAAGUUCAAGUUUAAUCUUGACCCUGAUUUGUAAGCAUAGAACUGUGUAGCUGACAUUAAUUUCUCCUUCACUAACUAUAGUUAGAUUGAAUUUGAGCUAUCUCAGAGUUGACAUGGUUUUGCUCUGCCAGGCUGUCCCGUGUUAAUUUAUUAAAGCAUCACACCUGAUUCUUUAAAUUAAAACUAUUCAACUUGCUGCAAUAGCCAAAAAGUGAUGCUGUAAGCAUUCAUGCCGGUAUCUAUAUAUUGGUUAAAAAUGAGCUUGAACUAGCUAAAGCCAGGAGGAGGCUAAAAACGGUGAAUAAAAAGUGACAAAAGCUGCACUGGACAAUCUUAGCCACUCAUUCUGCAUUUGCAAACGGUGCCAUAAUCAGCUCAGUUUGGUUAUGAUGCAAGCCAGAUGUGUUAGCAACCUACAGAGCGGGCGAAAUCUUCAUCUGGAUAAUGCUGUAAUACCUGUAGUUCACACUGAGAUUGGUGGCCGCAUAGACAAAAGAUCCAUCUAUAUUGUGCAUUUUACACAAGCAGUUAUUAGCUAAAACAUGCCGUGUUGGUAGUUUGAAACAUUGUACAAGAAAAAGGAUGUUUUAGGGUUCAGCUUUUAGUUUAACAGUAAAGUCAUUCUAUCAAAAUUAGAAACUAGCUGGAGCCCAAGUUAGUGCAGCAAACAGGACAUAAAGGGAAUUUUAAUGAGUCACUGUGUAACUGCAGCUUAAAGUCCACGUUAUUGUUCUGCAAA